AUGGCUAAAGACAUGGAGAGAAUCUUCGACGCACAAAUGUGUCCGAUAGAUAACAGGCUUGCAUUUACGGUAUAUAUGCUCACCAGAGAAGUUGAACAUUGGUGGAUCAGCACCAAAUCCAUCAUGGAGGAGAGAGACGAGCAUGUGACUAAGGAGGCAUUCAGGGGGGAAUUCCUCUCUGAAUAUUUCCCAGAAAGCAUCCAGUAUGUUAAGGAGGUGGAAUUCCUCCAGUUGACUCUAGGAGGGAAGACAGUAGCAGAGUAUGCAGAGAUAUUUAAGCACCUCAGUCGUUUCUACACCAAGCCACUUGAUGAGGAGUGGCGAUACAGGAAAUUUGAAAAUGGUCUUCGUGGUGAUAUUCGCUUGAUGGUAGCCCCACUAUCCAUCAAGGAUUUUGCUACUGUGGUGGAAAAGCCUAAAGUAAUAGAGAAAAUGAAGAAUGAGGUAGAGGAGCCGAGUGUAGUGCUUCAUAGUAGAGGCCCUCACUUGAGGCAUGUUUGCCCACGCACGGAAGGCUAUCGUAGAUGCAACAACUGUGGCAAGCAAGGCCACUUUGGGAAAGACUGUCCCACUCUUGCUAGGACAGCGACACGCCCUCUAGUUCAGACUCCUGCACAGAACCAGCAGAGGAACAAAGGCAACAGGCCUCAGGCGACAGGUAGGGUCCACGCUAUGACGGGAGCAGAGGUUACAGGCUCAGAGGAGCCUGAGUUAGUAUCUUCUCAAGGAGUUAUGAAGGAGAUUCAGAGUGGCGCACAGUACUUCAUAAUUUUCACUCAUAUGGAGGUAGAGGUGAAAGAAGGGACAUCGAUCAUACGGGUAGUACAUGAAUUUGAAGACGUGUUCCCAGAUGAAGUACCAGGGCUGUCUCCCAAUAGAGAGGUGGAGUUCUCAAUUGACCUAGUGCCUUGA